GAGAGAGAAAGAGAGAGGAAGAGAGAGAGAGAAAGAGAGAGAGGAAGAGAGAGAGAAAGAGACAGAGAGAGAGGAAGAGAGAGAGAGAGGGAAGAGAGAGAGGAGAGAGAGAGAGAGAGAGAGGAAGAACGGAGAGAGAGAGAGGAAGAGAGAGAGAGAGAAGAGAGAGAGAGAGAGAGAGAGAGAGAGAGAGAGAGAGAGAGAGGAAGAGAGAGAGAGAGAGAGAGGAAGAGAGAGAGAGAGAGAGAGGAAGAGAGAGAGAGACAGAGAGAGAGACAGAGAGAGAGAGAGAGAGAGAGAGAGAGGAAGAGAGAGAGAGAGAGACGGAGAGAGAGAGAAGAGAGAGAGGAAGAGAGAGAGAAGAGAGAGAGGAAGAGAGAGAGAGAGAGAGAGACAGAGAGAGAGAGAGAGAUAGAGAGAAGAGAUAGGGAGAGAGAGGAAGAGAGAGAGAGAGAUAGAGAAGAG